AUAAAUGAGACGGAAUGGCUUGGGUAAGCUCGGGUAAUUUCGGAGCUUAUAAGCACACAGCUCCAAAUUAUGGAAGUCCUACAGAUAAAUCUCGUUUGGAAACUACCUGGGUAGUACAAAGGUAUGUACCAACGGAUCUUAGAUCUAUGAAACCCGUUGCUCGCUAUAAACCGAUAAUCGACCAUUCCAAAUUGCCAUCGAUCGAUAAGAAUUGGUAUAAUUCGAGAACGGAAUUACCAGAACCCGGAGAAGGUUUAAUAGAAUCUUAUGAGAACUCUAGACCAUCAACACGCAGCCAAGAGUGGUCUGUUCUCAGGCAGAUGAUGCCAUCAAGAGGUUCAGCUCUUAGGAGACGACCUCCAAACUGGGGAACUUUGGAUGCAACCACUCCAGAAAAUACAUUAGAAGAUGUAAAAGAAUUUCCCAAAAUCAAUAGUCCGAUGACGAGGUACGUGUCCGAUAUGUAUUUAACCAACAGAUUAUUUAGACUAUUCUAA